GGAAGUAUGUGGGAGGCGGCAGCAACAUUAAGGUGGCUAUGAAACUUCACUGAGAUCACGUGAAUGGGAAUUUGUUCUUAAGAAAAUUGAAGGAAUGAGUUUUAUUCGGUUUCUCGUAUACCCUUGUACCUUGAAAUAGACACUUCCUCCUAGAGCUCAGAGGCUGCUGCAGACCAGCUGCAAGGGAAGACGACCCCAUGGUUUUUUGGUGCAUGGACGGUGUGGCUGUGCUGCCAUGUGUCUUGGUUAUUUGGUCCUCUGCUGCAUUUAUUGCCUCUUACAUCUUUGCAGUGCUUGAGGGACAUGUGGUGGCUUUUGUACCUUAUAUAAGUGACACUGGCACAUGCGUUCCGGAAAGUGGACUGUUUGGAUUUAUGAUCAGUGUCACUGCCAUGUUAGGUGCUGCUACAAUGUAUGCAAGGUAUAAAGUGAUCCAGGCUCAAAAUUUGAGAAUCUCUUUCCUGAGCGACUGGUUCAACUUGACAUCAUUGCUAAUUGGAGUACUUGGCUCUAUUGGGAUGGGCUUAGUGGCUUCCUUUCAGGAGACAUCUGUUACAACAGUGCAUGAUGUGGGAGCCCUCCUCACCUUCACCUGUGGAGUUGCAUAUAUAUGUCUUCAAUCCAUUAUCACCUUCAAAGCCUGCCCGCCAUGGAGUAAAAAGGGAGUAUGCUAUAUACGAAUGACUAUUUCUGUGAUAUCAUUUAUUGCUUUAUUUCCUAUGAUAAUAUGUGCCUCAUAUGAUGGUAUGAAAUUUUACCGUUGUGUAACUGGUGAAGAGCCCUCGCCAUAUCACCAGGCAAGUGCAGUCUGUGAGUGGAUCGUAGCUUUUGGAUUUGUUACCUUCUUCCUCACUUACAUAAAGGAAUUUCAGGGUGUUACUUUGAAAAUUUCUACAGAAAUCCAUGAUGAUUUUUGACAAUUGCUCCAGUUCAGUGUUAUAGAAGGAUGGAAUAUUUAAUCAAGACUUUAGAAGUCAAUGAGUACAUUAGCAGUACACAGGUUGCACUGUCUGCUUUGUUUGCAGAUAAAUAACAUUUACUGGGUGUCUUUUAUUAAAUUAUGUCAGUCCAACAUUUCUAAAUGUUUUUGU